AUGUCUACCGUUGGAUCGCUUAUAUUUUGCCAGGACUGCGGAACAUUGUUGGACUCAUUCGCCAACAAAUCGUCCAUCGAAUGCAAACUUUGCCAAAAAAGCUACGAAACAAAACAUUUUGCCAACUUGAAGGUGGUAACUCACACCGCUUCAAACGCUUUUCCAUCAUCUUUAAAAGCCAAGAAAUCGCUCGUUAAAACCUCGUUGAAAACCAGCGAAGUCGAGGAAGGAGCAACAAUUAAAGAGAAAUGCCCAAAGUGUGGCCACGACGAAAUGCAAUACCAAACUUUGCAACUGCGGUCGGCAGACGAAGGUGCUACCGUCUUCUACACAUGCACGUCUUGUGGCUACAAAUUCAGAACUAACAAUUAG